AUGGACGAAAAGAGAGAAGAUGGGCGUUCAGCGACUCAGCUGAGACCACUGAGUUGUACUCGUAGCGUUCUCAACCGUGCCCAUGGCUCUGCUAGUUUUUCUCAAGGGGAAACCAAAAUUCUUGCUGCAGUUUAUGGGCCAAAGGCUGGGACAAAGAAAAAUGAGAAUCCGGAAAAAGCUUGUAUUGAAGUCAUUUGGAAGCCCAAAUCUGGCCAAAUUGGGAAAGCAGAAAAGGAGUAUGAGAUGAUACUAAAAAGAACUUUGCAAAAUAUCUGCCUUUUGAAUGUUCACCCAAAUACCACCACAUCGAUCAUUAUCCAGGUUGUUAAUGAUGAUGGUUCGCUUCUCCCAUGUGCCAUAAAUGCAGCAUGUUCUGCCCUUGUAGAUGCUGGAAUUCCCUUGAAAUAUCUUGCGGUUGCCAUAAGUUGUUGUCUAUCGAAACAUGAAUAUUGUAUAUUGGAUCCCAACAAGCUAGAAGAAGAGAAAAUGAAGGCACUGGUAUCUUUAGUUUUCCGAAACUCGAUCCUGUCUGUAUGUGACGAAGAAUCUAAGCAAGAAGGAGAAUCAAUUGAAAAUGGAAUGAUCACAUCUGUUACUCAUGGUGUAAUGACAGUGAACAAUUACUUUCAGUGUCUGGAACAAGGGCACGCUGCGAUUAAGCCGCUAUCUAAUUUUCUUAGGAAAAAGUUGCAGUGGAAGGUACAAAGUGAUGUAUCUGUACCCGGCUGA